GUAAAGAACAUCACGAUGAUGAGAGAAACCGCGGUCUCGUUCGCGAAGGAUUUGCUGGCCGGAGGAAUCGCCGCCGCGAUCAUAGAGACCGCUGUCGCUCCUCUCGAGAGGGUCAAACUGCUGCUGCAGGUCCAGCACGCCAGCAAGCAGAUCACGGCUGACAAACACUACAAAGGUAUCAUUGACUGUGUAGUGCGCAUUCCUAAGGAGCAGGGAUUCCUGUCGUUCUGGAGAGGGAACUUGGCCAACGUCAUCAGAUAUUUCCCCACACAGGCCCUCAACUUCGCUUUCAAGGACAAGUACAAGAAGGUGUUCCUGGACGGCGUUGACAAGCACACUCAGUUCUGGAGGUAUUUCGCCGGUAACCUGGCCUCCGGUGGAGCGGCCGGAGCCACGUCCCUGUGCUUCGUCUACCCGCUGGACUUUGCCAGAACCCGUUUGGCUGCUGAUGUUGGCAAAGCUGGUGCAGGGAGAGAGUUCACGGGACUCGGCAACUGUUUAGCGAAGAUCUUCAAGUCUGACGGCCUGAAGGGCUUGUAUCAGGGCUUCAAUGUGUCCGUGCAGGGCAUCAUUAUCUACAGAGCGGCGUACUUCGGCGUCUAUGACACGGCCAAAGGAAUGUUGCCGGACCCCAAGAACACGCACAUCAUGGUGAGCUGGAUGAUCGCUCAGACCGUCACCGUUGUCUCCGGGUUCAUGUCGUAUCCCUUUGACACGGUUCGCCGGUGUAUGAUGAUGCAGUCUGGACGCAACAGAGCUGACAUCAUGUACAUCGGCACGAUCGACUGCUGGAGGAAGAUCGCUCGUGAUGAAGGCGGGAAGGCUUUCUUCAAAGGUGCCUGGUCUAAUGUGCUGCGAGGAAUGGGCGGAGCCUUCGUGCUGGUUCUGUACGAUGAGCUCAAGAAGAUCAUUUAAACUUUCAAGGAAAACCUGUUUAAACCUGUAAUGCAUCUGACUAAUGACUCAUGUGUGAUAGAAAUGCUUAGAAGACUUUUAGAACAUUUUAAAUUAAAAUAUCAUGAUCCUUUGAAAUAUCUUACCUUUUUACCUGGAACAAGGUGUUUUGAUACGUUUUGGCAUGCGAGAAUCAAGAUACAAAGUUAUCGACGUGACGUCACGUUUGACAAAAUCUUAAGCAUUUUGUUAAAUAAAAAUAUAUAAAUAAGAAUAAGAAGAAAACAUGAUAGCGUUUUUAUUUACAAUUAUUUGUUUGUGUUAAACUGAAGAAAGACGGAUACGUUCGACAGCCGGGGAGGGGUGGAGUAAGCCGUUGGUUGCAAUUCGCAAUCUCACCACUAGAUGCCGCUAAAAUCUCCACAAUUUUUCUUUAACCACUUGAGUGAUAUUAUUGAGUGAUAUUAUUGGUGCAAUCUGUAAUAUUAUUGCAAAAUCUCUUUUAAUUUGAUUGUGAUAUAUCUAAAGUAUCUCUAGCUCAUCUUUUGUAAAACUUACGGUAUGUACAGUGCCUUGCAAAUGUAUUCAUCCCCCUUCAUUUCAUUCACAUUUUGUUAUGUUUC